AGGGCAAACCCGCAGAACCAGGAAAGUAACGGCUACAGACAGUGCGAAAUAGUUUCGCUCGCGGGCUAGAACAACUCUGUCGGUACCAACCCCAGAGCGUUGAGAGCAGCCCACCUCCACGCUUCCUUAGCGGAGAGGUGCAGAACUCAGACUUCACCAGCCCACUGGAUCCCGGCCUUGUACGCGAAGAUACGCCAAGGACGCGCUCUCCCGCGUCCAGGUAGCCCCACCUUGCUGGCUUGCCUGCCCCUCUGCGUGCAGCUCGCGGCCGGCGUGCAGCAUGACCCUGUGGAACGGCGUACUGCCUUUUUACCCCCAGCCCCGGCAUGCCGCAGGCUUCAGCGGUCCACUGCUCAUCGUUAUUCUAGUGUUUUUGGCUUUAGCAGCAAGCUUCCUGCUCAUCCUGCCGGGGAUCCGUGGCCACUCGCGCUGGUUUUGGUUGGUGAGAGUUCUUCUCAGUCUGUUCAUAGGCGCAGAAAUCGUGGCUGUGCACUUCAGUGCAGAAUGGUUCGUGGGUAGAGUGAACACCAACACAUCCUACAAAGCCUUCAGUGCAGCGCGCGUUACAGCCCGUGUCGGUCUGCUCGUGGGCCUGGAAGGCAUUAAUAUUACACUCACAGGGACCCCAGUGCAUCAGCUGAACGAGACCAUUGACUACAACGAGCAGUUCACCUGGCGUCUGAAAGAGAAUUACGCCGCGGAGUAUGCGAACGCGCUGGAGAAGGGGCUGCCGAACUCAGUGCUCUACCUGGCGGAGAAGUUCACACCGAGUAGCCCUUGCGGCCUGUACCACCAGUACCACCUGGCGGGACACUACGCCUCGGCCACGCUGUGGGUGGCGUUCUGCUUCUGGCUCCUCUCCAACGUGCUGCUCUCCACGCCGGCCCCGCUCUACGGAGGCCUGGCACUGCUGACCACGGGAGCCUUCGCGCUCUUCGGCAUCUUCGCCUUGGCCUCCAUCUCCAGCGUGCCGCUCUGCCCGCUCCGCCUAGGCUCCGCCGUGCUCACCGCUCAGUACGGCGCCGCCUUCUGGGUCACGCUGGCAACCGGCAUCCUGUGCCUCUUCCUCGGAGGGGCGGUGGUGAGUCUCCACUACGUUCGGCCCAGUGCUCUUCGCACCCUUCUGGACCAAAGCGCCAAGGACUGCAGCCAGGCGAAAGGGGGCUCACCUCUUAUCCUCGGCAACCCACUGCACAAGCAGGCCGCGCUCCCGGACUUAAAAUUCAUCACCACUAACCUGUGAGGGGGACCCAAUCUGGACUCCUUCCCCGCCUUGGGACCUGGCAGGCCGGGAAGCAGGAGAGCUCCCGGAAAGGGCACUGCGCGCUGCUAGCGCUAGGCCUCCGACAUCCGCAGGCACCAGGGAAAGUCUCCUGGGGCGAGCUGUAAAUAAACUUGUUUUUUCUUUUGUUUUUUAAAAACUUUUUUUUCCCCAUUAAUUUUCAUGACUUCUCCGCUCCGGGGUCGCAUGCCCUCAGGAGCUUCGCUGGGCUGGAGACAGCGUAGUACACUCUCCGCUGUGCUGUGAAACCAGAUUCUCUGCGUCUAGAGACUCCAGAGUCAUAGGGGUGCCCUCUAGUGAGGCCGGAGGGACCCUACCAGAGACAGCAUCUUUCCGAGCCACCCCAGGUGGGCAUUAGGUGGCAGUGAUGAGGCAGGUCACCCACUCCCCGUCCUGGACGCCACUCAGCUAGCCCAGCUGAGUGGGGUGGGAAGGAAUAGCGUUUUGGAGUUGAUUC